AAGUCCGUUUUUUCACUAGUUAGUUAGUAGCAUGUCGUGUUGUCAACAGGAGGGACAUGAGGACCGCAGCUCGGGUCUUUUUCCAGCUCAACGCGGUGCUUGUCGUUGUCAGAGAGAGAGAAAGAGAGAUCUGACCAGCAGAAGAAGUGUUUACACUUUCUCUGAAUAGGAACAUUGAAUUUAUCUUUCGGAAGAAAGGGAUUUUACACCGUAAUAUUGCCAAAUGUAACAUACGCCUACUUUCGUAUGUGUCAUUUAUUUAUAAUGGGAAUAAAUGGAAAUGGACCCAGAAGCCAGACUUGGAAGCAACACUUCUGCAGCUUUAGAGAAUAAAACAAAUGAUCACCUCUCGAAGUAACCGUAACGUUAUUAAUAACUCCUCGCCGAAUGAUAUACCGACGUGUAUGUGCACAAGCCAACGCGUUUAAAUGUAAAGUGGAGUAGCUAGGUGUUAACUUUUCCAGCCAGUUAGAUAGCUGUCAUGGAUAUCUGUCCAAGACCUAGUGGAGAAAUUCAAAGAAAAAACCCACAGCAGGAUUUCGAGCUCAUUCAACGUGUUGGGAGCGGCACAUAUGGAGACGUAUACAAGGCUCGAAACAUCCAAACGGGAGAGCUUGCUGCUGUUAAGAUUAUUAAACUGGAGCCAGGGGAUGACUUCUCCAUCAUCCAGCAGGAGAUCUUCAUGGUGAAAGAAUGCAUGCACCACAACAUAGUGGCCUACUUCGGGAGCUACCUCUGCCGCGACAAGCUGUGGAUCUGUAUGGAGUACUGUGGGGGAGGAUCUCUACAGGACAUAUAUCAUGUGACGGGUCCCCUAUCAGAGCUGCAGAUAGCCUACGUCUGCAGAGAGACCAUACAGGGUUUGGGAUAUCUACCCCUGCAUGUGGAUGUGGAGGGUGCAAAUAUCCUCCUAACAGACAACGGGCAUGUGAAACUAGCUGAUUUUGGAGUAGCAGCCAAAAUAACAGCCACCAUUGCCAAGAGGAAGUCCUUCAUCGGGACUCCUUAUUGGAUGGCCCCAGAGGUAGCAGCAGUAGAGAAGAACGGAGGCUACAACCAGCUGUGUGACAUCUGGGCCGUGGGCAUCACCUCCAUAGAACUGGCCGAGCUGCAACCCCCUAUGUUUGACCUGCACCCAAUGAGGGCUUUGUUUCUCAUGUCAAAGAGCAGCUUUCAGCCUCCCAAGCUAAAACACAAAACUAAGUGGACCACAGCCUUCCAUAACUUUGUUAAAGUCACGCUGACCAAGAACCCGAAGAAGAGACCGACAGCUGAGAAGCUCUUAACGCAUUUGUUUAUAGAUCAGACAGGGCUGACCAGGAGAGUAGCUGUGGAGCUGCUGGACAAGAUGAACAACCCAGACAACCACCAACACUUCUCUGAGGUGGACGACGAUGACCUGGAGCCUCUUUCAGCAGUGAGACAUAUCAUUCGUUCAACCAACAAACACUCCAGAGCAGAGAGAACUCGCUCAGAGAUCAACUUUGAUAAAGUGAAGUUUGAACCUCCGCUGAGGAAGGAAACAGAGGCUCACGUUGAAAUGGACGUGACUAAACACAGCGACUUCCCCUCUCCCUGGAGCCCUUUCGCAGAGGGAGGCAUCUCUACCAGGGGACACAUGGCCCAUCUGGAGGACGCCUUUGAAGACGUGGAGCUGUCGACCCUCAAGCACGGAAUCCCACCUCCUCUACCCCCAAAGCCUCAUCUGAGCAGUUUGUCAGAUGAGCCAGAUGUGAGUGAUGAGCGGUGUCUGACAGUGAGGAGAUUUCCAGGCUCAGAGGACAGUCCAGGUCCAGGCCUGUUCCCCCGGAGGCUGAGCACCCCAGAGCAGGGCAACAAGGCGGAGCAUUCUGGUCCGGACUACCUGUCAGCCAGCGGCAGUAGCCCCAAUCUGCUAUCUACGUCCACAGCCUCAGACCCUGAUCCCGAUGACGGCGUGAACGGAGAGAAUCCCAGUGCUCGUCCCAGCCGACCACAGAGGACGGAGAAGAAAGACUACCUUAAACCUGCCAUCAACGGCCUGCCGCCAACUCCUAAAGUCCUGAUGGGGGCCUGUUUCUCCAAGGUGUUUGAUGGCUGCCCACUGAACAUCAACUGUGCCACGUCGUGGAUACACCCUGAUACCAAAGACCAGUACCUUAUAUUUGGGACGGAGGAUGGGAUCUAUACCCUCAACCUGAAUGAGCUGCAUGAAGCCACCAUGGAACAGCUGUUCCCCAGGAAGUGUACCUGGCUCUACAUCAUCAACAACAACCUGAUGUCUCUGUCAGGGAAGACCUUCCAGCUCUACUCACACAACCUGAUUGGGCUGUUUGAGCAGCUGAAGAAGCCUGGCCUGGCCUCUCAGUUCCACACACACCGCUUCCCAGACAAGAUGUUACCAAGGAGGUUUGCCUUGACAGCGAAGAUCCCUGACACAAAGGGCUGUCACAAGUGUUGCAUUGUGAGGAACCCAUAUACGGGCCAUAAGUACCUGUGUGGAGCGCUCCAGUUUGGGAUAAUCCUGCUACAGUGGUAUGAACCCAUGCAGAGGUUCAUGCUUAUCAAGCACUUUGACUUCCCUCUGCCCAGCCCUCUGAAGGUGUUUGAGAUGUUAGUGGUUCCAGAGCAGGAAUACCCCAUGGUGUGUAUAGCUGUCAGCCAGGCCACGGAGCCAGGCCAGGUGGUUCGCUUUGAGACCAUCAACCUCAACUCCUGCUCUUCCUGGUUCACUGAAAUGGGAUCAACUGGUCGAGCAGUGGACGCCAUCCAUGUGACCCAGCUGGAGAGGGACACGUUGCUAGUGUGCCUGGACAAAAAUCUCAAGAUCGUUAACCUCCAGGGAAGACUGAAGUCCAACAAGAAGCUAGCCUCGGAGCUCAGCUUUGACUUCACCAUUGGAUCCGUUGUGUGCCUUCAGGACAGUGUUCUGGCCUUCUGGAAGCACGGCAUGCAGGGAAAGAGCUUCAAAUCCAACGAGGUCACCCAGGAGAUUUCUGAUCCCAGCAGAGUCUUCCGCCUCCUAGGAUCUGACAGGGUGGUGGUUCUGGAGAGCCGGCCCACUGACAACCCCACAGCCCUCAGCAACCUCUACAUCCUGGCCGGACAUGAGAAUAGUUACUAGCCCUGACCCUGUUACUGAGAACAGUUACUAGCCCUGACCCCAGCCCUGUUACUGAGAACAGUUACUAGCCCUGACCCCAGCCCUGUUACUGAGAACAGUUAGUAGCCCUGACCCCAGCCCUGUCCCUGUUACUGAGAACAGUUGCUAAAGACCGGUAGCCCUGUCUGGCUCAGCC